AUGUCUCGGUAUAUCCGGACCUUAUCGCUGUAUGACCAGGGCACGAUCGACCGCCCCGACUUCCCCCCUUCUACCCAUGACCCCUGGGAGAAAGACAUGAAUUGUAGUACAAUUGAGCCGGCCUGUCAGAUCGUGGGCAAUAUUAGUAUCCAAGGACUCCACAGUCGUCAUGAGAAGCUUAUCCCGCGUAUUCGCCGUCGCGACUUAGAAGCUUUUACGAAUACUUGGCUCAAGACCAACUUCUUGCGUGGCCACUGGAGGUUUACUAAUUGGCCAGAAGUGGGGUCAAAGGCUGCCAUGAUCUUGCAAUACAAGACUUUCAGAAUUGGCGUUUUCGGUGGAGCUGGCCCUGUCACAGCCACGAAUCAGAAUUUCAACAGCCGACAGAUGCCGUCGUGCACAGGCACCUUGCUGUACGGAAAUCAAAACGUACAAUGGAUGCUUGCCCCAGUUGAGCGGACGGGUAUAUAUGGACUUGAUGAAACAAUCAAGAGAUUCAGGAGCAUGUCAGCUAAGGCGACAGAAAUGGGGCGCAAAGCGAAGCAGGACUCAAUUGCAGCCGAGAUGAGUCGUCGCCCUCGCAUUGUCAGCAGCAAAAACUUCCCACGCUUUUUGAAGAAGCAUGGUAUCAGUUCUCAGCGGCUUCAGAAAGCCAGAGGUCAGAAACGCGUGCCCUCUGAGCUUUACGACCCCUUUCUCGACGAGGAGCUUGAGCAGCUGUUCAACCUGGUCGGGGCCAAUGAUGCCGAGCCGGAUCCGCUGCCGUUGAGAGCCGACGAACGAUCAAUGCUGUUAUUUGAUGUUCUCAAGGGGACAAUGGAUAUUAUCGAUCAGCGAGAGGCAUGGGAGCAAGCUGAGCAGCUCAAGGAGCUGGGACGUCAGCUGACGCCCCAGUUCGAUACGUCUCUCAAUGUCGCUGCGAAUCUGUCUUCGCACCCCAGCUUUAUCGCCCGCCAGCCUAGGAGCGUGGAGAACAACCAGCAGGAAAUCCAGCAAUUUUGGGGUGGCAACUUCCACGCCGCUGCCAAUGACCCGAGAAUGUUCUCAUCACGCCCCGUAGGCCCUGGACUGCCGAACCCAGUCAACGUGCAACAGGAAGUAUUGAUAAGAACAACGGACAAUGUUCUGAAUGCACUACAAGCAGGAACCUUUCCUGAUGGCAAUGAGUACAGCCCGACAGGAGCAGGCCCCUCGCAGCAGCUCGGUUUCCGACCGCGUCAGUACGACCAGGGUUACAGUGGGGAAGGGCCUUCCAACUCGAGAUAG